AUGGCCGUCAUCGACGACCUUCCGCAGGUCAAAGUCUCUGUCCGCAUGACCGGAGCGGAUAGUGACUGCCCCGAGUAUGAAGAUCCAGAUCCUCCCACUACGUCGGCUAUUGCUGGUACCGCAGACCACUCUACUGCGAAGGUCAUCGAAAGCCACACCGACGCCGAGUACCACAUCCGCUACGAAGUCGAAAAUAGCCUAAAAUGGCUCAGCGGUAAUUCGGGUGUCGUCGUCCGCUCCUACAUCGACGGCAAAGAAGUGGAGUAUACCCUGAGAACUGAUACGGCUCUGUCAAGGCAAGUCUGUCGCGGUAUUGUGGAAGGGGUAGAAGUUCCUUCGAUCAAGCAAGGACAUGUCACUUUGAGGAAAUUCAAGUUCUCAACCGUCACCAGAGUUGAGGGACGCGGUGACAAGAUUGUUGAUGACAAGAAAGCUGCGAAGCACUUGGGAGUAAUCGAGGUUGUUGUAUAUCGUGCUGUCAAGGUUCACAAUAUCACGAGGGGGGACACCAAUGUUCAGGAUUUCCAGUCAGAGUUGUCAAAAAAGGCACUGAUUGGCAACACUGCAACGCACGGCACAACGUUCACAAACGGAGGGAACAUCAAGAAAAUGCCACGGGUCAAGUGUACCUAUCCUGAUGGCGAGCGUCGACUGGCCCGAUUCUUCUUCAGGUACAAAUCCAGAGAAAUACUCGAGAAUGAGGGAAUCAUUGCCCAGGAACCUUCCCCUUCCCCACCAUCGUCCCCUGAAGCACCGACCAUCGAAGGUCUCUCUCAAUCUGAGCUCCAAAGACUUGCCCAGGAACGUCUCGACGAAAUCCAUGCUACAGUGAAGAGAGAGAAGAGAGUCAAGCGCGGGGCGAGUGGCGACGUCGACUUGCGCCCUAGCAAAAUCUACAGGACAGAUGCUGAUGGUACAAUCGACCUGACUGAUGAUUGA